UUCACACAAUACACAGCCCGUAAAUGCUCUCUCUACCGCUCCUCUGAAAUCGAGUCUCUUUCUCUCUCCUCAAUUUUCUCAAGCUCUCGCCUUUUUCGCUGAAUUAGGGUUUCCAUUUCCCCUGCAACACUGUUUCCGUCACUCCAAACCUGCUAUCUUGGGUUUUUUCGGAGUUAUUGGCGAAUUAUGAAGGAAUUUUUUAGGGUUUGUGAUCCAGGGUUUUAUGGUAGUUUGGGACGUGUGCAUCAAGGGAAGGAAUUGUAGGGUUUGUAUAAUUAGGGCAUUUUGUCCGUCGGGAAGUGUGUCAACCCAGGAAACCCGUGGCUAGGGUUUGUGAUUUUGCGCUUGGUGGGGUGCUGUAAAAGUUGUUCGAGGACGAAAUCUGAGGUUUUUGGGGUUUAUGUUUUCUAUACAGAAUCUAAAAAGAAGAGAUUGUGUCGUGCUAUAGAUCAAUGAUCGGAGAAGAGGACCCAUGGCUGAUGGUUCUGGUUCAGGGUUCUAUGGUUGUAUGUAACAGCAAAUAAAGUGGGAGGCUCCAUCGUUGUGGCUUCUAAUUCAGGUUGAAGCUUUGGCGUUGGUAUAGUAUCAUAAUAUCUAGGGUUUGUAUUUUCUGGACUUUUUGUUUUUAAAGGUUUUCCAAUCUUGUAAGAAAAUGAGUGACGACAGAGAAGAAAGGGGGGGUGAGGGACUUGUUUCAGUGGGAAUCAACAAUAAAGGCUUUCGAUCACCAUUGAUUGAUGGUGGCAGAGGAAAUGCAGUUACCAGAGGUGGGAUAAGACCUGGUUUCUCUAUGCAAAGGUGUGGAAGAUUGAAUGAUCUGUUAUAUGUUAGGCCUGAUUCAGAUGAAUCAGGAGAAGUUAGGACAAGUAUAGGGCAAGCAAGCUCUGAUCAUGGCGUUAAUUUUAAUGGAGCGGGGCCAUCGAGAUCUGGUGAAAGUCCUUGGGUAUACCGGAUGAAAUCUCAGGACGAUUUUGUGGAAGUUCCCAAUGAUUUUUUUGCCACUGUUAGUGAUUCUUUUGUGGGGGAUGAACUGUUGUUGGAGGCAGGUAGAGGGAGCUCUGAGGAUGUAUGGAAUCAUAAACGGGCAAGAGUUUUAAGUUGUACGCAGGCCUGUCGGUAUGUUGCCCUGGCUUCCUCAGGCUCUGGCACAUCUGGAUCACCUGUCAAUGCAGGUCUUGGUAUUUCUCAAGGCGCGUCUGUGCCACCUGGAAAUGACAUGGUCUUUUACCUAAACUCAACAUCAGAUGAUGGUGAUGGUAGAGAACCUAUGGAUUCCAAUGGUGGGGGUGGUGAUAAUGGUGAUGAGGGUACUCCUUCAAACAGUGAGGAUUUUGAAGUUAGGAUGGAUCUCACUGAUGACUUGCUGCACAUGGUGUUCUCCUUCUUGGAUCAUAUCAAUCUCUGCCGAGCUGCUAGAGUAUGUAGGCAAUGGCGAGCAGCCAGUGCUCACGAAGACUUUUGGAGGUGUCUAAAUUUUGAAAAUAGGAACAUCUCCCAUCAGCAAUUCAGGGAAAUGUGUUACAGGUAUCCAAAUGCCACAGAAGUGAACAUUUUGGGUGUUCCAUCCGUCGAUAUACUCGCUCGAGAUGCAAUGAACUCUCUAAGGAAUAUCGAAGUUCUGAUAUUAGGGAAAGGACAGUUGGGUGAUGCUUUUUUCCAUACUAUAGGUGAUUGCCCAGUGUUGGACAGGUUAAGCAUCACCGAUGCAACUCUCGGAAAUAGUAUUCAGGAGAUACCUAUCUAUCACGAUAGAUUGCGCCAUCUUGAGAUAAUAAAGUGUCGUGUAAUACGUAUUUCAAUCAGGUGCUCGCAACUAGAGAGAGUGUCUCUAAAGCGCACAAACAUGGGACAUGCAAUGUUAAACUGUCCUCAGCUUCGCUGGUUGGAUGUGGCCUCCUGCCAUAAACUUUCUGAUGCUUCAGUUCGUUCAGCUGCAACAUCAUGUCCAUUGUUGACGUCUCUGGAUUUGUCGAAUUGUUCUUGUGUUAGUGAUGAAACUCUUCGAGAAAUCGCACUUGCUUGUCCAAAUCUCAGCAUUCUUGAUGCAUCUUAUUGUCCUAAUAUCUCUCUUGAGUUUGUAAGGCUGCCAAUGCUGACAAAUCUGAAGCUUCAUAGCUGUGAGGGUAUCAACUCUGCUUCAAUGGCUGCUAUAUCUUAUUGUUCAUUGCUGGAGGCGUUGCAGCUGGACUGCUGCUGGCUGUUAACCUCAGUCAAUUUAGACUUACCACGCUUGCGGUGUAUUAGUCUGGUCCACUGUCGCAAAUUUGUAGAUUUGAAUUUGCGAUGUCCUUCUCUCUCUUCAAUUACGAUUUCUAAUUGUCCCGUGCUUAACCGGAUCAGCAUCACAUCAAAUUCUCUACAGAAACUAGUUCUGCAGAAGCAGGAAAAUUUGACCACCGUGUCUUUGCAAUGUCGCCGUUUGCAAGAGGUGGACCUCACUGAGUGUGAAUCCUUGACAAAUGCCAUUUGUGAAGUUUUCAGUGAGGGUGGUGGUUGUCCAAAUCUCAAGUCAUUGGUUCUCGACAGUUGUGAGAGUUUGGCAAGAGUUGUACUUAAAAGUACUUCACUGGUCAGUCUUUCACUUGUUGGUUGCCGUGCCAUGACCUGUUUACAUCUUUCGUGCUCAAAUCUCCAGCAAGUUUUCCUGGAUGGUUGUGAUCAUCUAGAAGAAGCAUCAUUUAGUCCUGUUGGGCUCCAAUCACUCAAUCUAGGCAUAUGCCCUAAGUUGAGUUUGCUUCAGAUUGAUGGACCACUAAUGACGGUUCUAGAGCUGAAGGGUUGUGGAGUUCUCUCCAAAGCUGACAUUCACUGCCCCAAUCUCUCGUCUCUUGAUGCAUCUUUUUGCAGCCAACUCAAAGAUGAAUGUUUAUCAGCGACUACAGAGUCGUGCCCUUACAUCGAGUCGCUAAUCUUGAUGUCUUGCCCUUCUGUGGGUCCCAAUGGAUUAUCAUCUCUAUCUCGGCUACCAAACCUGACUGUACUUGAUUUAUCAUACACUUUCCUGAUCGAUCUCCUCCCCAUCUUUGAGACUUGCUUACAGCUGAAGGUUUUGAAGUUGCAGGCAUGCAAAUACCUUGUAGACAACUCACUGGACCCUCUUCAUCGAGCCGGUGUUCUCCCAUCCCUUAGAGAGAUUGACUUGUCCUAUGGUAGUAUAUGCCAAUCUGCCAUUGAAGAACUGCUUGCCUGUUGCACCCAUCUCACUCAUGUAAGUUUGAACGGUUGUGCGAAUAUGCAUGAUCUAGACUGGAGUACAAGUAGUGGCCGGCACUUCAAAUGUGAAGAUCUUGAAAGGUCGGAUGUAGACUCUCAAGAUGUGCAACCUAAUCGUCUCCUUCAGAAUCUCAACUGUGUUGGUUGCCCCAACAUCAAGAAAGUUGUCAUCCCUUUAUCUGCGCGUUGCCUUAAUCUCUCAUCCUUGAACCUCUCUCUUUCAGCUAAUUUGAGGGAAGUGGAUAUGGCUUGCCUCAAUCUUUCUUUCCUCAACUUAAGCAAUUGUUGCUCCUUGGAGGUUCUAAAACUUGAUUGCCCAAGAUUGAGCAGCCUGUUACUUCAGGCUUGUGGAAUUGAGGAACAAGUGGUGGAAGCUGCUGUCUCAUAUUGCAACUCACUAGAGACACUUGAUAUUCGCCUUUGUCCAAAGAUAUCAACGGCUGUUAUCGGGAGGUUGCGUACUGUUUGCCCCAGCUUGAAGCGCCUCUUCAGCAGUCAGUCGCCAUAACCGGGUGACCCCUCCCUCACAUUGCAUCUCUAUUUUGGAUGUGCUCAUGUUAUUAAAUAAUAGCUAUAUUGGUUUUAUUUUUUAUUUUCACUUCUUUUUCCAUGUUGGGCUGGUUUAUAUACGACUUUGUAAGUCUCAUUUCUUGUCCCUUGACUAGGAUUAGUAUAAUGCGGGCCUCUGAUGUCCAGCUUGCUCUUGCAGGUUGUAAAUUCCAGUGUUUCCUUUUUUUUUUUUUUUUUACUGUUAUUUUUGUUUUUUUCCUUUUUUUUUGUCUUUCUUUUGUUUAAUUUUAGAGAUUUUGGGAGGAGCUAUAAGGUGGCUGUGAAUUCUGUUGUAUGACACUCAACAUAUUAUU